AUCUCUCUUCUCAACAUCUCGCCUUUUCUCUCUAAAAAUUCUAAGUCCCAUCAUAUUCCAUUUUCGAAUCCAAUGGUUCAUUCCUUUGUGAUAGGAGACGACGCCAGUGUUGUCACUAUUAAUUCGCCGUUAGUGAGGAUUCUAUGUAGCUGUAACGGUAAGCCGGCGAUUACACAUCGCGGCGGUUGGCUGUUGGAAAAUCAUGUCGUUGUUUCGAUUUUCAAUCAAAACACAGGUGACUCCUCAUCUGAUUCAGGUGCCGCGAGCAGCAGGUCUAACCCGUCUACUAAUGAAGCGGAUGAGGUUGCUACAAUUGGAGGAGAUGGCGGUGAUGGUCAGUUAUUGGCUGGAGAAGAUGUUGCCUCAAUGUGUGCAAAGUUUAAGAAGCUUAUGGUUACUCUCAUACCCCCCAUGGAAUUCGGUGAAGGUUUAAUCUUAAAGGAUACCGACCUGCUCCAGAUCCCAACUAACAUUCCUCCUGACUAUCCCCAUUCACUCUUCAACAACACAGACCCUGUUACUGACCCGCGGGCUGACUUGCUUCCUUGUAAGUUCCAUGGCUCUCUCGCUAUUUUGUUUGCUAAAUUCAAGAAGUCGAAGCGCAAAGAAACUUUUGAGUUUGAUUCUGCUCUUCUGAACGAGAUCACUACGAGCUUUAAGAGAAUGGCACCAAACAGAAGAGGGCGUCCUGCAAACACCAGAGGGAACCAAGUAGGGGAUGGACCAGCUGAUGCGCAAGAUCAACCACCUGUAGGUGGGAUACCUGCAGAAGCUCAGGCAACAACGAUUGCAGCAAAUCGUAAAGAGAUGCAGGAGCUCCGGAACAUGAUGCGUGAGAUUCUGGAUCGACCUAUGUAUGCACCCUCACCACCACCAGCACAUGGAGUUGCUGCACCUCAGCACCAUUAGCCACCACCACCAGUACCUAAGGUUGAGGUUUAAUUCAGUUGUUGGUUGAAUAUUAGUCUAGAACAUGUUAAGUCACUUUUUGGAUCCUGUUUUAGACUAGUUCAGUUUAUGCUACAUGUUUCACAGCGCUAAUGAUUAUCAAGUUUGUUCUUGGUAAUCAUAUCUGUAGUACCUGCUUUUGUUCAUGGUGGAUUUGUUCACUUUUGUACUGGCUUGGUUUGUACUGGCUUAUAUAUAUUAAGAUAACACUCUUGUGACCAAAAAAAAAAAAGUAAGUGGACUUUU